AUGCGUGCAUUCCUCAAAUCAUUAGAUGAGCAUGUGUGGAUUAGUGUUCAAAAUGGUUGGAAACCUCCCUCUAGUAUCGUAUCAGGAAACAUUCAUCUUACUGACAUAUCAUUAUGGAUUAAAGAUGAGUUAGCUGCAUGUAACUGGAAUAGUAAGGGAAUUCAUGCAUUAUUCAUGGCACUAUCACCAGAAGAGUUUAGGCGAGUCUCUAUGUGUGAAACUGCUAAAGAGGUUUGGGACAUUCUCGAAACAACACAUGAGGGAACUAAAAUAGUAAAAAACUCAAAACUGCAAAUGCUAGCUUCUAGGUUUGAAGAAGUGAGAAUGAAAGAUGAUGAAACAUUUGAUGAGUUUUACGCUAAGCUAAAUGACAUAGUUAACUCGAGUUUCAACCUAGGUGAGAGAAUUCCCGAGACCAAGAUAGUGAGAAAGGUACUUAGAUCCCUACCUGAGAGAUUUAGGCCUAAAGUCACUGCUAUUGAGGAAAGUAAGGACCUAGAUGAAGUUAAGAUCGAAGAAUUGGUAGGAUCCUUGCAAACCUAUGAACUUACUCUCUCACAACACAAGAAAGGAAAAUCCAUAGCCCUAAAAUCCAAUAAAGAAGGUGAAUUGUCUGACACUGAGUCACUUAGGGAUGAGGAAAUCGCAUACUUUGUCAAGAAAUUCCAAAAAGUCCUCAACAAUAGGAGAAAGCCUCAGGAUAGAAAGAAUGGAGCCCCUAGCAGAUUCACAAAAGAUAAAAUUGAGAAAGAUAACAAUAAGGGGUCUAGUGAGAAGCCACGUUUGGAAUCCUCCAGUAGUGAUGAUGAAGGAAAUUAUAUGGCAUUUGUGGCUACUGUUAAGAGUGAGUCUGAUAAGGAAAGUGAUAAGGUUGAGGAAGAGCAAUCAAAUGAUAAUUCUGUUAAUGAGAAUGAGGAUGAGGAUGACAUAGACCUACAAGAAGCAUAUCAACAACUAUUUAAAGAAAGUCUUAAAAUAAAGAAGGUCAAUAAAUCCCUACUUAAAAAGCUUGACGAACUUGAAAGGGAAAAAGAGAAACUGGGUGGUAAGCUUCAGGAGUCACUUAAGAGCGGUAGUGAAUUGAAGUGUGUCAAUGAGAAAUUGGAAGACAAGGUUAAGAGUUUGACUAGUGAAUUGGAAAAAUCUAAUGCCCAUCUUCAGACGUUCAUUAGUGGAACUAAGAAAUUAGAUAACCUAUUGGGAAUGAAUAAGCCAGUGGGAGACAAGAGAGGUCUAGGAUAUGUUGAGGGUAAUACAACUAUUGCUGGACCAUCUAAGACUGUCUUCGUGGCUGCCUCUAAGCCUAAUACGGUUAGGAGUCCAAGUAAGGGUAAGAGCAUUCCUAGGGAACAAAGUCAUCAAUCACGUAGGAACAUUAGGACCAGGUACCCUCAGACACGUACUUUUGGGCCUAGGUUUAUUCCCACCUGCCACCACUGUGGUGCUCUAGGACACAUUAGGCCUAGAUGUUACAAGUUAGGCAAUGAGCGUAGAAGUCAAAACAUUCCUAGUCAGGUUAGCUUUCUGUCUAAUCAGGUUAGUCAUCUGACUGAGAUGCUUACUAAGCUAACUAAGAGUAACUUGUCGCCUAAAAGGAUUUGGGUCAAAAAGGGUGAUUUAGAUAGACUAUCAGGUCAAGAGAAAUGCCUUGUUGCUAAUGUUGCAUUAAAAGCUCAAAAUUCUAAUAUGUGGUACCUGGAUAGUGCAUGUUCUAGGCAUAUGUGUGGUAAUAAAUCUUUGUUUACUACUCUUGAUGAAUGUAAUGGUGGUAUGGUUACUUUUGGAGAUGGGGGCUUUGCACCUAUUCUCGGCAAAGGUACCGUACAAAUGCUUGGUUUGCCUGUGAUUUCUAAUGUGCUAUAUGUGGAAGGUUUAAAAUCAAAUUUGCGAAGCAUCAGUCAAAUCUGUGAUGAUGAUUUUGAGGUUAGUUUUGUGCAGAAGAGAUGUACCGUAUAUGAUUCAUCCGGUGGGGUAGUCCUUGAAGGGGUUAGAACAUCCGACAAUUGUUAUGGGGUACUACCUAAUUCUAACUAUGUGUGUAGGAGCGCUAAAAUUGAUGUAAGUGAGCUCUGGCAUAAAAGAUUAGGUCAUUUGAAUUACAAGAGUCUUGAACAAUUGUCUAAGAAAGAAUUGGUAGAUGGCCUGCCUAAGUUAGGACCUAGCAAAAAUGCUGUGUGUGGACCAUGUCAACUAGGUAAACAACUUAAGGGGAGCCAUAAGAAGACCACUAAAAUUCUGACCAAAAGACCACUGGAAUUGAUUCACAUGGAUUUAAUGGGACCCUCUAGGACCGAGAGUUUAGGUGGUAAGCGCUACAUCCUUGUCGUUGUAGAUGACUUUUCGAGAUUUACUUGGAUAGAGUUGCUUAGGGAAAAAUCUGAUGCUUGUGACCUUAUUAAGUCUCUGUGUAAACGGCUUAGCAAUGAACUGAAUCUCAAAGUGUCUAGGAUGCGUAGUGACCAUGGAAAAGAAUUUGAGAACUUCAACCUUGAGAGUUUUUGUAUGGAUGAAGGGAUAAUGCAGGAAUCCUCUUCCCUUAUCACUCCGCAACAAAAUGGGGUGGUUGAAAGGAAGAAUCGUGUCCUUCAGGAUAUGGCUUCAGCUUCUUUGGAUGAAACAAAUGCUUAG